UCGGCGCAUGGCGCUUGCCGGGAGAGCCAUGGCCACCUUCCGCUUGGCCCUCAUCCAACUUCAAGUUUCUUCUGUCAAAUCAGAUAACCUCACUCGAGCUUGUGGCCUUGUCCAGGAGGCAGCAAGGCAAGGAGCCAAAAUAGUUUCUCUGCCAGAAUGCUUUAAUUCUCCAUAUGGCACGAACUAUUUUCCUGAGUAUGCAGAGAAAAUUCCUGGUGAAUCCACACAGAAGCUUUCUGAAGUAGCAAAGGAGUGCGGCAUAUAUCUCAUUGGAGGUUCCAUUCCUGAAGAGGAUGCUGGGAAAUUAUAUAACACCUGUGCCGUGUUUGGGCCUGAUGGUGUUUUACUGGUAAAGCACAGAAAGCUCCAUCUGUUUGACAUUGAUGUUCCUGGGAAAAUUACCUUUCAAGAAUCUAAAACAUUGAGUCCUGGCGAUAGUUUCUCCACAUUUGAUACUCCUUACUGCAGAGUGGGCCUGGGCAUCUGCUACGACAUCCGCUUUGCAGAGCUUGCGCAAGUCUACGCACAGAGAGGCUGCCAGCUGUUGGUGUAUCCUGGAGCUUUUAAUUUGACCACUGGACCAGCCCACUGGGAGCUGCUUCAGCGAGGCCGGGCUGUUGAUAAUCAGGUGUAUGUGGCCACAGCAUCUCCUGCCCGGGAUGACAAAGCCUCCUAUGUCGCCUGGGGACACAGUACCGUUGUGACUCCUUGGGGGGAGGUCCUCGCCAGAGCCGGCACUGAGGAGGCGAUCGUGUACGCUGACAUAGACCUGAAGAAGGUGGCUGAAAUACGCCAGCAAAUCCCCAUUUUUAGCCAGAAGCGAUCAGACCUCUACGCAGUGGAGGCGAAAAAGCACUAAGGUUUAUAUUUCCAAUGUGUCACAAAAGGAAGAUGUGUUUCUGCACCAUAAUCAACUCCCUGCUGAAGUCUUUAAUGGAGUUCGUUUUGUUUUUAAUUUCAGCCUUUUCCCUUCCUGGGAGCUCUGUUGAGAUGGUGGAGCAUCAGCACGCUGAUACUCUCCACACCAUAUUAAAUAGUCAAAAAGGACUGAGGCUGGCAUUGAAGAGCAGGAGGAGGGGAGGGCGCAAAGCCUUCUUCCAUACUUCAGUUCCCUCAGAGCAGCUGAUGGAAGUAUCAGAACUUGGU